UCAUAACUAUGGGACUCACCUUACAACUCAAACAACAGUUUUAAUUAAACACCCAAAAAAAAUGGCAGAACAAGUUAACAACAAACAGAUAGUUCUUAAAGAUUACGUUAAUGGGUUCCCAAAGGAAUCCGACAUGCUUCUCAAAGCAUCAAACACGAUUAGCCUCAAGCUUCCACAUGGUUCAAAUGGGGUUCUUGUUAAGAAUCUUUAUUUGUCGUGUGAUCCUUACAUGCGUACCCGGAUGAACAAAAUUGAUCCUGGUUAUGUGACUUCUUUCACUCCUGGUUCGCCUAUAAUUGGAUAUGGAGUAGCUAAAGUCCUUGAUUCUGGCCAUUCUAACUUCAAGAAUGGUGACUUCGUUUGGGGAAUCACUGGAUGGGAGGAAUACAGCAUUAUCAAUGAUCCUGAGAAUCUAUUCAAGAUUGAACAUACUGAUGUGCCUCUAUCUUAUUAUACUGGAAUUCUUGGUAUGCCUGGUAUGACUGCUUAUGUCGGUUUCUAUGAGAUUUGUGCUCCAAAGAAAGGGGAGUAUGUCUUUGUUUCAGCAGCUUCAGGUGCAGUCGGUCAGCUCGUUGGACAGUUCGCAAAAUUGUCCGGAUGUUAUGUUGUUGGGAGUGCUGGUACACAAGAAAAGGUUGAUCUGUUAAAGAAUAAGUUUGGAUUCGAUGAGGCUUUUAACUACAAGGAAGAGAAAGAUCUCAAUGCAGCUUUGAAGAGGUACUUUCCAGAUGGAAUUGAUAUAUACUUUGAAAAUGUUGGUGGGGCAAUGUUGGAGGCAGUACUUUCGAAUAUGAGAGUUAAUGGUCGAAUUGCAGCAUGUGGGAUGAUUUCACAGUACAACGACCAAGGGGAUGGGGUGCACAACCUAUUUCACAUAGUAACAAAGAGUUUGAGGAUGCAAGGGUUCAUUGUGUUUCAUCACUAUCACUUGUAUCCAAAAUAUUUGGAUAUGGUUAUACCCCUUAUAAAGGAUGGAACAAUAAGUUACAUAGAAGAUAUCGCAGAGGGGCUAGAGAGUGCACCUACGGCUUUAGUUGGGCUGUUUUCGGGAAAAAAUGUCGGGAAGCAAGUUGUGGUUGUUGCUCGUGAAUGAUCCAAUACCUCUUUAGGCUUAUCUUUCAUCUUUGGAGGCUAUAUACAUGUUCAUAUAAGUAUACGUACUAGAUCUAUUAUCUAGUUAGACAAUGUAGCAAGUCAGUCAUGGAGUACGGGUGUCGUUUUUCAGGAUAUUAUAAAUAUCUGCGUGUUUUUGACUAAAAGAUUGAAUCUAUGUGAAUAUAUAAGUUCCUUUAAGUGAAUAUAUCAUAAUCCCAUUCAUGUUUA